CCAUGGCUUUCGAAUUCCUUACUCCGCCACCAGAGGAACGGACCAUUCGCACCCACAAUCUGACCGAGGAACAGGUCAAGGAUUUGGAGAUAGCCUUUUCCCUGUUUGACGACCAGGACACUAAGGUUAUUCCUAUAACAAAUCUCAGGCAACUGAUGCUGUCUGUGGCCCACAAUCCCAGUGAUCGGGAAUUGCAGGAAAUUCAGGCUGAGAUCGAUGCUGAUGGAUCCGGUGAGUUAUAUCUCAGCGAUUUCCUUCACAUAAUGUCUCAGAGGUACGCAAACAUGUCCACCGAGGAUGAGAUUAUAGCCGCAUUCAGAGUCUUUGACAAGGAAGGAACCGGCUUAAUAUCUGAAUCGGAGUUUCGUCACAUAAUGCAAAACAUGGGGGAGCAAUUGUCGGAUGAUGAGGUGGAGGAGAUCAUCCGUGAUGCAAAUUCUGAUUUGGAAGGCAAUAUAGACUAUGUGCGAUUUGUCAGAAUGAUGUCCACCACAUAAGGAAAA